GUCUCUCUCAAACUUGAAGGGCCGAGAGGAGUGUUCCCGAGAAUUUUCGGCCAUGAGGCAGUCGGUAUGGUUGAGAGCGUGGGAGACAACGUGGUCGAAGUAAAAGAAGGCGACAUUGUCAUACCAUUUUUCCAUCCAAAUUGUGAGGAAUGUUGGGAUUGUAAAUCCAAAGAAAGCAACAUUUGCUCAAAGUUCCCCUUUGGUGGCUUCGGAAUGCCAAGGGAUGGAACUAGCAGGUUUACGGAUUCUAAUGGGGAGAUUGUAAAUUACUUCAUUAAAGUUUCAAGCUUCAUUGAGUACACAGUUGUAGAUAUCUGCAAUCUAAUGAAAAUCAAUCCUGAUUUUCCUCUUGACAAGGCUUGCUUGCUUAGCUGUGGAAUUCCAACUGGAAUAGGUGCAGCAUGGAAUACAGCUAAAGUCAAGAAAGGGUCUACUGUUGCAAUAUUUGGUCUGGGAGCCAUUGGACUCGCGGUUGCAGAAGGAGCCAGGAUAAGUGGUGCUGCUAAAAUUAUUGGUGUUGAUUUGAACCCCGAAAAAUUCAAAAUUGGAAGCAAAUUUGGAGUAACUGAUUUCAUUAACCCAAAAGAUUGUGGAAAUAGACCAGUGAAUGAGGUAAUAAAGGAAAUGACGGAUGGAGGUGCUGAUUAUUGUUUUGAGUGUGUUGGAUUGGCUUCACUGAUGAAUCUUGCUUUCACUAGUUGCCGCAAUGGUUCCGGAAAGACAAUAGUCCUAGGAGUAGAAAUGAAUGGGACACCACUAAGCCUCGGUUGCUAUGAGCUUCUCAAAGGAAAAACCAUCACUGGAUCGAUUUUUGGAGGCAUCAAAGCCAAAAAAGAUAUCCCACUCCUCGCACAAAGUUACAUAAACAAGGAACUUCAUUUGGACGAUUUUAUAACGCAUGAGGUGAACUUUGAAGACGUAAACAAGGCCUUUGAUUUACUCAUUCAAGGCAAGAGCCUCAGAUGCAUUAUUUGGAUGGGCAGAUAGUCCCCUUCUAUAAU